UCUCUGUUGUUGAUUAAUUACCUUCAGGGUAUGUCUUGCUUUUCUUGUUCAUUCUACUUCUAUGCUGCCAAGAUUUUACCUUACUUUACCUGAAUUUUUACUUGUGUUUUGGAAUAGCUAAGUCCUAUGAUGUCUAGUUUUUCUAGUGUUUGCAUCAUUUGGUUGGAAUCUCUUCUAUUUUAGGAAUUAGGGGUCCUUUUUUCUGUUUCUUUUUUUUUUUAACUUGGUGAAAUGGAGGAGAUUGAGGAAGCUAACAGGGUUGCAGUUGAGAGUUGUCAUAGAGUUAUUAAUCUUGUAUCUCAAAAACCCCAUCAUGAUCAGAAACAAUUUGGAAGUAAUUUAGUGAGGGAAACUGGAGAGGCUGUUCAUAAGUUCAAGAAAGUGGUUACACUCCUAAAUUCCAAUUUGGGUCAUGCAAGAGUAAGAAAGUCCAAGAAAAUUAUGACCCCUAAUUUCCCUCAUAGCCUCCUUUUAGAGAAGAAUCCAAGUUGCAAAACUGAUGAUCAGCCUAAACCCCUACAGUUACUUCCAGUUCUAGAAAUUGGUUCUAAUGUGAAGAGCACUCUUACUUUAGGUAACCCUUCACUGGAAUUAAGCUCACAUAGUAAAAACUCAAAUCCUCUUCAGUUAGCCCAACAACAAACACAUUUGUCAAGCUAUCAAUUUGUCCAACAACAGAAACUGUAUCAACUUCAGCAACAACAAAUGAAGCAUCAACAAGCAGAUAUGAUGUACCGGCGUAGUAAUAGUGGGAUUAGUCUAAAUUUUGAUAGCUCUACAUGUACGCCAACCAUGUCGUCUACUAGGUCUUUUAUUUCCUCAUUGAGUAUGGACAGAAGUGUUACUAACUUGGAUGGUAGUAAUGGCUUUCAUUUUAUCGGGGCUUCUUCGCGUUCUGCGGAUCAGAGCUCAUUUCAACACAAGAAAAGGUGUUCUGGAAGGGGAGAGGAGGGAAGUGUGAAAUGUGGAAGCAGUGGUAGAUGUCACUGUUCGAAGAAGAGGAAGCACAGGGUAAAAAGAUCAAUCAAGGUUCCUGCUAUAAGUAACAAGCUAGCUGAUAUUCCCCCGGAUGAGUAUUCUUGGCGAAAGUAUGGACAGAAGCCGAUCAAAGGUUCUCCGCACCCUAGGGGAUACUAUAAGUGUAGCAGCAUGAGAGGCUGUCCUGCUAGGAAACAUGUUGAGAGAUGCUUGGAAGAACCGUCGAUGCUUAUUGUAACUUACGAAGGAGAACAUAACCAUCCUAGGUUGCCAUCUCAAUCGGCAAAUGCAUGAGAUAUCUUCAGAGAAAUGCUAGCAAAGAUCGAUCAUUACAAGCGUCUUCUCAUACUCUAUUUUUGACCGGCUUCAAUUGUUUCUGUACAUAUUUUGCUUUGAAGUGCAGAUGGGACCAAAUUCUAGUUCAAAAUUGCAAGGGUCUAUUAGGUAUAUGGAAGGCAAAUGUGCGAAGCCAGGUUCAUGUAGAAUGAUGUGAUGCAGUGAGACUUGAGGUUUCCUAAUUGUAAGAAUAUCCUCAUCAAGUAUGACUCCUUUUAAGAAAAAAGUUAGGUUUUUUGCAAAUUA